AGACUCAGUAGUAAACUGGAUUUGUUUUUGUUUCUCAUGUAUCCUUUCAUUAAAUUAUGGGAAUUUAAUUUGUUUAUUUUAGACCUGAUGGAAGUGAAUGAAGACAAACAGCAUCAGUUUCAAAAACUACAUUAUUUCACAAAUGAAGAUGGAAAUGCAGUCGUUUCAAAGACUGGAGAGAAUUUCAGACAGAAACAAGCUGGAAAAUCUGGAGUCGAAGGAUCUUUAACCUGUUCUGAGUGUGGAAAGAGUUUCAUACGUAAAUCAAACCUGAACACACACAUGAAAAUUCACACUGGAGAAAUGCCUUAUACAUGCACUCAGUGUGGAAAGGGAUUCAUUCGUAAAGGAUACUUAAAUGAUCACAUGAUGAUUCACACUGGAAAAAAGCCUUAUACAUGCACUCAGUGUGGAAAGAGUUUCAGUCGCAAAAACUCUCUCAACAUUCAUUUGCAUUGUCACUCUGGAUUGAGAUCAUUCAGCUGUGAUCAGUGUGAUAAAACAUUUGUUUUUGAAUCAGGCUUAAGAGAACACCUUAAUGUUCAUUCUGCUGUGAAGCCUCACUUUUGUUCUGUAUGUGGAAAGAGUUUUUCACAUCUUAGAUCUUUAAAACGGCAUGAGAGUAUUCAUACUGGUGUGAGACCUUAUGUGUGCUUUGACUGUGGAAAGACCUUCACUUCAUCCAGCGACUUAAAAACACACCAGAGAAUUCAUACUGGAGAGAAACCGCACCAGUGCUCUUCAUGUGAGAAGAGUUACAGCCAUUCAUCUAGUCUACUGAAACAUAAGAAAAAUCAUUGCCUGAAGAUGUCUAAGUGAGCAAAGUUCACUUCCAUAACUUGUAAAUAAGCAAAAGAUGGAAUUACAUUUAAUACAGUAAUUUG